AUGGGAUCCAUCAACGGCGCCGGUAAGUUUGGCAAAGUGAAAUCACACUCGAAAUUGGCACAUGUCGUCCUUAUAACGAACCAGUUCCAGAAGAUGGUCGAUUAUUACAAGGCUUUCUUAGGAGCAGAGGCUUCACAUGAGAACGAAAUAAUGUCUUUCCUCACGUAUGACGAUGAACAUCAUCGGAUAGCCAUUGCGGCCAUCCCAGGCACCGGUCCCAAGGAUCCCCGCAGCUGCGGACUUGCGCAUAUCGCAUUCAGUUUCGACACGCUUCGAGACCUGUUGCAAGCCUACACUGAGCGCAAACAGCACGGGAUUGAACCCCUCUGGAGUGUCAAUCACGGCCCAACGACGUCCAUUUAUUAUCAAGAUCCCGAUGGCAACCAUAUUGAAACGCAGGUAGACAACUUCGAGACCAACGACGAGGCCACCGUUUUCAUGCAGUCCGCGGCCUUUGCACAGAAUCCCAUUGGGACAGACUUUGACCCCGAAGAUCAUAUCCGAAGACUGGCAGCAGGAGAAGAUGAAGCAAAAUUGAAGCGCGUCGAGGUUGGACCGCGACUUGUUGCUGAGAAGCUUAUGGGUUACGGAUGUGGGGGGAUUUUUUUUUAUUAUUUGGUUACAGGAGCUUCGAAUUGCGGGAUGUAUGCUUGA